CAUAAUGUCAGGCAGACAAGUGUGUGGAUUUUGUUUAAUCCAUUCUGAAGAAUGAAAUGAAUUUUUUUCUUAAUUUUAUUCAUAUCAUAUUCGAUUGAAAUAUUAUCAAUGUUUAAUUAUUCAAGAGGUAUGGGCGUACAUCUGAGUACGGUUCUUUAUCUAACACCCAUACUCCCAAAAUAAGACAAAAGAAGUUAAUUAGAUAUAGUUAUGCUUGAUAUAGUAGAUUUACUCUUACUAAAAUAUUUAAAAGAUUAUACAAGUAAAAAAUUAUCCUCAAAAAUAAGGUCGUGAAAAAGUUAAAAUAAUUGAAAAAUCAUCGGUUACUAUUAAAACAAUGAUUAGUACAUCAGAAUCUUUAAAGCAAACAUUUGUUGAACCAAAACAUGAUACAUUAACAAGUUCAAAUCGUUCAUCAUAUGUUGUAUCUGAUUAA